AUGUGGGGCCAGGAGUGGGAGGCGGCCCUGAAAAAUGGAGCCCAGCCCGAUGCAGGCAGCAAGUCGCCGCCAUGGGAGGAAGCCCUCGCGACGCCGCACCCCGCCAGCGCAAGCCGCGCAGAAGCAGAGCAAUGGGCGGCCGCUUUGGGAUCCUCGCAUCUUUCAGGACCGCACCUGGUCGCCGCCAUUGAGUGCGGGUCUCAUUCGACGCGCCUUCUCAUAACCGAUGGCCGCCACGAUCUGGAGCGGAUUACAAUAGACACAUGCCUAGGAUCUGCAGACGCAUCAGAUUCGACCGCCCCUGCCCCGUUUGGCGCCGAGACGCUCGCGGCGCUCGCAAGUUUCGCGCCGCUGCUGCGCCGCACGGGCGGCGGCGGCGUCGAGAGGGUGCGGGCGGUCGGGACGGCGGCGCUGCGGGCCGCGCCGCCGGCCGCGGCGGGGGGCUUCUUGGCGGCGGCGCGGGAGGCGCUGGGGCAUCCAGUAGAGGUGCUCUCAGGGCAGGAAGAAGGGGCCCUCGCCUUUGCGGGAGCCACCAGCAGCCUGGACCCCGGCCAGCCCUGCCUGCUGAUCGACCUGGGCGGCCGCUCCACAGAGCUCUGCUACGGGCUCGCCGGCACCCAGCAGCCGGAGUGGGUCGCGUCAAUGCCGCUGGGCUGCCUCUCAGUGCAACGCGCCGCCGGCGACCCUAGCGGCUGGACGUCGGCCGCCGAAGCCGCGCUGCGGCUGCACGGCGGCGCCGCCGCGGCGCGGCUGCGGGCGGCGGCUGCGCCGGGGCCGGCGGGCGGACCAGGCACGGGCGCGGGGCGCCUGCUGCUGGUGGCGACGGGUGGGACUGUCACGAGCGCCGAGGCGCUGGCGCUGCGGUUGCCGCGGUAUGAGCACGCGCGGGUGCACAUGGCGCGGCUAGGGGUGGCGCAGCUGCUCGCCAUUGCAGAGGAGCUGGCAGAUAAAGAGGCACAGGCGAGGGCCAUGGGGGCGCUCCCCUGGCUGACCCCCGAGCGCGCCGCGUCGCUCGGCCCCGGCUGCGCCGCGCUGGCGGCGGCCGCGCUGUGGGUGGAGCGGCAGUGGGACGGCCCGGAGGGCGGCGGCGGCGAGGGUGGCGGCAGUGGCGAUGCAGGCGGUGUGCUGGUGGUGUCUGACAGAGACCUGUUGGACGGGCUGGCACUGCAGCUGCUCGAGGGCGGUUGA